AUGACGGACGAUGAGAAGAAAGAGAUUUACAGUGUUGCCCACUUCCCCAAGACCGAUCUGGUCCACAUGGCAGCUGGUGUGGCUCCUGACAAGGACUUCAGCAACGCCAAACCUUCCAACCAAGUUAGCGCGAAUACUUUCCAGACUUACAUUGAACCUUACGUCCGGCCUCUUACCGAAGAGGACAUUGCCUGGUUAAAAGAAAGAGGUGAUCGCACUACUCCAUUCAUCAUGCCCCGUCGCGGAAAGAAAAACUAUCGUCAAAUCUGGGCGGAGGAGGAUGGGGUGUCAUAUGACUCGAGCCAAGAUGACAAGGACCAGCUGCCUUUGAAUCAAGGCCGUGGCAGCAUUGAACAGCUGACUGACGAUAAAGCCGAAACCAACGAAGUCUCAGUUGGACCUCUCCUUAGCCGACUCUGCUCUCUCCUCCGUUACGAGCACCGUACCUUUCCCGAAGAUUCCAACCCAACCGCCAAUGGGGAUACUGCUAGUGUGACUGGACUAGGUGGAGACGCGAUGGACAUCGAUCAACCCACUGAGGAGAAGGAGAAGGAGAACAAGAACGAAACCAAGCCUCUCCCUGCUGCAACUACCUUCCGCGACGCAGAUCCAAACGACUUCAAAACUUCGGUCGCAAAGUUGGACCAUGCCCAACUUGAUGAACGCGCCAAAGCCGAACUACGAUUCAUCGGUUUUCUCGGUGCGGAUGAUAAUCCAGACUACGACGCUCACUACGAUGAUGAAGUUGCUGAGCGACUCCGCCUUCUCCAAAGCGAACUCAAGAAGCAAAUCGUUACCAACAAUGCGCGCAAAGCUCGCAUUCUGAAGAUUGCCCAGGAGCACAUGGCCAUGCUUGAGUUUACUACCAUCCAAGACGACCUCGACUCUCAGGUCCAACAGGCCUAUCUGAAGCGCACCCGCACUAUGGGCAAGAGCAAGAAGGGCGCUCAACCCAAGCACCGACCUGGCGGUGCAGGCGGCGGCAGCCAUGUCGCUGGUUCUGCGGGCGUUUCCCGUCCUGCUGUGGGAGAUGCUGCCAAGAUUGUCAUGGACCGUCGCCGUCGCUGGAACGAGGCAUUCCUGCCUAUCUUUGACGAUAUCAAGACUACCAUUCCCUCUGAGGGAGAAACAAUCUUCGACCCAGAAAUUAUGGCUGAGUACGAGAAAGCCGAGCUUGAGAACUGGGACGAGGAAUAA